AUGGAGAAGCAGCAGCAGCAAGAGGUGUUCCUCGCUCUUCUGAAGCCGCCGCUGCCGUCGUCGCCAUCGCCGAAGUCCUCUUCGGCGGGGGGGAAGCAGCCGGCGAUCAACCGGAGAUUCCACUGUCUCUACUGUUCCAGGAGGUUUACCACAUCACAGGCUCUCGGCGGUCACCAGAACGCUCACCGGAGGGAACGCGCCGCCGCCGCCGCGCGCAGGAACGGGAGCGCCAUAUCUUCCGGCUCCCUCCUGCGUGCCGCCGACGCCGCUCCCUCCCGUACGUCCAGUCGAUCAGCAGCGCCGCUGCGUCCGGCGCUGUGGAUCGAGCCUCCCUCGCCGGUGUUCUACGUCUACUACGAUGGCUGUUGCCUGCGGCUGGAUCAGCCGGCGGGAGUCCGCUCAGCCACCUGCGAUUCUUCGUCUUCUUCACCCUCGCCGUCCCCACCUGGUCGACAAUCCCACGUCGACGUCGAUCUCGACCUCGAUCUGUCUCUGCACUUGUAG